AAUGUGAAACCCUGCAAAUGGAUCUGAGGACAGGAAGAGCUUAACAAUGCAGACUGAAGACAUGUCAAAAUCUCAGCCUAACUCUAAAGAAAGGAAAGCAGACCAAAUCGUUGAAGAAGCAAACCCAUUAGCCAAGGACAACGAUACUUUAGUUGGAAGGUUACAAUACUCAAAGACGCACAAGUUCUGGGAGAAUGAACCUGUUGGGCAGUUUAAGGAUAUCGGAAACACGAGUUUGUCUCAAGGCCCAAUUGACCCCGCAGCUCCGUUAUCUGAGGUCAAGCAAGAGCCGUACAAGCUUCUUGGUCAAUUCGAAUGGAGCACAUGUGAUAUGGAAUCUGAUGAUACGUGUUCAGAGGUUUACAACUUUCUCAAAGAAAACUAUCCGGACGAUGGAUACACUUUCAAGGUUAAUUACUCGAGGGAGUUUCUAAGGUGGGCAUUGUGUCCACCUGGUUAUUACCAGAACUGGCAUGUUGGAGUCCGUGUCAAGACCACGAAGAAACUCGUUGCUUUCAUCAGUGGCGUGCCAGCAAGAAUCAGGGUGCGUGAUGAGGUUAUUAACAUGGCAAAGGUCAGUUUCUUGUGUAUUCACAAGAAGAAGCUGAGGUCUAAGGGGCUUGCUCCUGUCAUGAUCAAGGAGUUGACUAGAAGGGUUCACUUGCAGAAUAUAUGGCAAGCCGCUUAUACCUCACUUGAUGUACUUCCUACACCAGUCACCACCUGUCAAUACUGGGUCAGAAUGUUGAACCCGAGGAAGCUUAUUGAUGUUGGCUUUGCAACGCUUCGUGAAAGAAUGACAAUGAACAUGACCAUCAAACUCUACAAAUUACCAGACGCACCCAUCACUCCUGGAUUUAGGGAAAUGGAGCGACGUGAUGUUCCUGCUGUUACGUUGUUGCUCAGGAACUACCUUUGCCAGUUUGGAGUUGCUACUGACUUUGACGAAACGGAUGUCCAGCACUGGCUUCUCCCGAGGAAAGAUGUCGUCCACAGUUACUUGGUAGAAACUCAUGGCAUGAUUACUGACUUGUGCAGCUUCUACACUGUUCCUUUAACUAUCCUCAGCAACCCGAAAUAUGCAACAGUUGAAUGUGCUUAUUCUUACUACAAUGUCGUGACAAAGACUUCGUUACCUCUGCUGAUGAAUGAUGUGCUAAUCGUCUCUAAGCAAAAAGGUUUUGAUAUUUUCUACGCGUUGGAUGUGAUGCACAAUGAGAGUUUCUUGAAAGAGUUGAAGUUUGGUCCAGGAGAUGAUGCUCUGCUUCACUACUAUCUCUAUAAUUACCGUUUGGGAAGUGCAUUGAAGCCAUCAGAACUUGGGCUUGUUCUUUGGUAAGCUAAUGAUCAAUGCUUUGGAUGAUAUUAGUUUGGUAUUAAGAAAUUUGUUUUUUUAUUUAUGUGUAACUGAAGUACUACUUCUCCCAUGCCUCGUGCAUGCACUAGUGAAACAACUUAGUUUAAUUCUUUAGGCUAUGCGAUUAUGAAUUAUUUGGAAAGU